AUGUCCGACGCCAGCUGCCUCGUCAUUUACACAACAGCUGUGAAAGUGAACACGGACACCGAUCGAGACGCGAAAUGCGCAGGAAAUCCAGUGGAUCCUCAAUUGGUUCAAGCUGCAAUUCAGAACUGUCCUCAGACCUGCGGCUACUGCUGCUUGACUCCCGCCUACACAUGCCAAAAUAAGCUGCAGCCACGAAUUCCAUGCUCGUCAGUGACAGAUGAAAUGUGCGAAAAUCCUGUUUGGAAAAGCAUUCUCGAAGAAGAUUGUCCGAAAAGGUGUGGUCUCUGCGAUUCAGGUAGGUUUUUAUGGUUUUCGCAUUCAAAACAACGAUUGCAUUCGGUGAAGACAUUCCGCAAAUAA